UUUAAGCGCGAUAAAAAUGUAUUAUUUUAAUUUAAAAAACAAAAAAUCAAAAUAACACUUUUAAUUGAGAGAAAAUGUCAAAUCCAGUCAAAUUGUUGAAUAUCUAAAUUUUAAUUCCAUCACUCUUUUUUUCCCAACUUAUCGAAUUUUGCGAGCUUCUAAGAAUUUUUUCGGAAAAAUUUUGCCACUAAAGUUUACAUGUCAAAACGUGACGUGACGUAACGUUUAUCAUCCUCCUUUUCUUUCUUAAAUUUGGCACAUUUCAAUGUCUGUGACAGGAGUAAAAAUUAAUAAAAUGGCAAAUACUGUGACUGAGGAUGAAAUGGGGAAAAAAUGGGAUAAAUGUUUCACAGAUGCAGUGCUGAAAUUAGGAGGUGGAAUUCUAGUAGGCUCAGUAUUUUCUCUUCUUUUCAUUCGAAGAAAAUGGCCCAUUAUUACCGGAGCUGGUUUUGGAUUAGGUAUGGCAUAUUCAAAUUGUGAAAAUGAAAUUAAUUCAACGGUGAGUCAAUGUAAAACAAAAAGUCGAUGCGAUGAAAAGAAAUGAAUAUUAUAAAUUAUUAGAUUUUUAACAAUUCGUUCAACAUCUGACGAUAUAUAGAUAAAAUAUUAUGAAAAUAGUUGAUGUACUCUACGUCAUAGAGGCAGCGUUUAAAAUAUCUCGCCAACUUGUACAUUAAGGAAUUAAAUAAAACUAUUUCUUAUUUAAA